AUGGACGCACCCGCAGCACCGGUGGCUGUUUUCAAGAAGCGAGGCGCAAAAGCCAAAGCGAAUAUCAGGAAACGCGCAGCGACUCCUCCGCCUGCAGAUAGCGACAGCUCAGACUACUCAUCCUCCGAGGAUGAAGCAGGACACCGCAUCAAGCGGAGAAGAAAGGACAGAUCCGGCAAUGUUACGACUUCAACAAAGACCAGCGCCGCCCCCGAUGCGGACCUCUCAGCGACGGUUUUCAAGGCCGACAGGAGCGUGCCAAUAACAGAUUCAAACGAUGCGACAAAACGGAGCAACUGGUUUGAUGCAGAGGAAAAGAACUCGCUAUCAACCAAGAACCUAUUGGGCACGACCAGAUCUUCACAGCAGCAAGGCCCGCCAGAUGGAAAGUACAAGGGCCUUGCGAACAAGCCUUCUUUCAUUCAAAAGAACCCAGAUGCGCCAUCAAGAAGCGUAGGGCCCGUUAAGGCGCCGACAAAUAUUCGAACUAUUACCAUCACAGACUUUGCGCCUGAUGUUUGCAAAGACUACAAGCAAACAGGAUUCUGCGGCUUCGGUGACAAUUGCAAGUACUUGCACGCUCGUGAAGAUUACAAGGCAGGGUGGCAGCUGGACAAGGAAUGGGAGACCGUAACAAAGGGCAAGAAGAACCUGGGUGGCACGGUUGUGGCCAGCCGAGACAAGAGCAACACGGCCGCCGCAGAAGAUAAUGAUGAUGAAGAGGAUGCGCUACUUGAGAGCAUUCCGUUCGCAUGCAUCAUCUGCAAGGAGCCCUAUAAGCAACCCAUCAAGACUCGAUGUGGCCACUACUUUUGCGAACCCUGCGCGCUAAAGCGGUACAGGAAAGAUCCGACAUGCGCAGCGUGCGGGAGUGGUACAAACGGUGUGUUCAAUAGUGCUAGGCAGCUACAGAAGUUGUUGGACAAGAAGCGGGAAAGGACAGCAAAGAGAAGACAAGCUGCUAUCGAGGCAGGGGAAGAAGUAAGUGACGAGGAGGAGGAGGAAUAG